AUGUGUGGCCGAUACGCACUGUCGCUGCGCCCAUCAGCCGUGCGCCGUAGACUGCAAGACGAGAACAUGCCCGCCGACGACGCGCCUGACGACGACGACCACGACACUCGCCAAACAUACAACUUUGCUCCUGGAAAUCACGGCUUGGUCUAUCGCGCUGACGUCCCCGAUGCGGGCGCCGGCACCCAGCCACAAGACAAAGGCAACCCUGACACUGUCGACGGAGCUGCCACCAAAGAGACUCGCUACAAGCUCCAGUCCAUGAAGUGGGGCCUCAUACCAUUCUGGACCAAGAGAGCACCCGACUAUUCCAACAUGAUGCGAACCAUCAACUGCAGAGACGAUUCGCUCGCCACUCAAGGUGGUCUCUGGAACACCAUGAAGCAACGCAAGAGGUGUAUCGUUGUGUGCGAGGGCUUCUACGAAUGGCUCAAGAAGAACAAUGGAAAGGAUCGAGUCCCGCAUUUUGUCAAGAGAAAGGACGGCCAGCUCAUGUGCUUUGCUGGCCUUUGGGACUGCGUUCAGUAUGAGGGCCAGUCCGACAAGCUCUACACCUACACCAUCAUCACAACUGACUCGAACAAUCAACUCAAGUUCCUCCAUGACCGCAUGCCUGUCAUCUUCAACAAUGGCUCGGACGCCCUCAAGACCUGGCUCGAUCCUGCGAGAUCGGAAUGGUCGCCCGAAUUGCAAUCGCUCCUCAAGCCCUACGACGGUGAACUCGAGUGCUAUCAAGUCGACAAGGCUGUCGGCAAAGUCGGUAACAACUCUCCAUCCUUUAUCAUCCCUAUUGACAGCAAAGAGAACAAGAACAACAUUGCCAACUUCUUUGGCAAUCAGAAGAAGCAACCUAGUACUGCCAACGAAGAGGGCGCAGCAAAGAAAGAGGAAGUCGACCUUCAGUCAACCAACAGCAAAGUCAAACAAGAACCUGACGAAGAUCGCGCUACCGUUCUUGAUCCUCAGAAUACCGAGGACAAUGCUCCGCGUCCUCAGGCCGGUCACGCUGUGCAAAACAGCGAGUCGAUCGCACUUAAACGUGAGCAUUCGCCUGACAUUGUCGAUGAUCAAGAACCAUCCCAGAAAGCUCAGAAGGCCGCCGACGGCCAAAGAUCCGCUAGUCGCUCUGUUCACGGCCGUACUAUGAGGAGCUCUAUCACCAACAACACUCAAGCUAAGUCACCACCCAAAGCCAAGGAUGGCUCUCAAAAAAUCACAAACUUCUUCGCCAAGUGA